CUGCUGGAAGCCUUGAACUUUCUUUUUCUAGCUAGAGCAUGUUGGUGCAUGUACCGUAGACUAUUCAACGAGAGUUGAUUAUUUGGUUUUCCUCAUACAGUACCGUACUGUACAGUACAGUACUCUAUAGGCAUGUACUCGUAGCUCUACCAUACCGUACAGGGUAGCGGUAGGAGCCAGCAAACACCAUCAUUCUUGAACCGAAAUGCAACUUGGCAGGAACAAUUCGGUUUUAUACCCUGUUCUCUCUCAUUUCGGUUUUGAUGGGUCCGCAGGACAAACCGGGCUUCUUGGGGUUCUUCUUUUACGUCUUCCUUUUCUUCUUCGCUCUGCCAAAGCAUUUAUGGGGACAGUCUCUUUCUACCAAGAGUACAAUAAAUCAGUACGAUACGCUGCUUUCCCACACAGGCACAAUACUCAGAGUACUUGAGUAGUCGGUUUUCCAGUUUCCACCAGGCAUGGCUACCUGUAAUGUAAUCAUAAAAAGCUCAGCGCAGCCUCCCAGUUUCAGCUACCAUCCACCAUCAACCGGCCACUGCCAAAAGAAAAAACACUCUAGACUCUGAAUAGUAAUUUCUCGCAUUCAUCUACCCUUGAGUGUUUCCACAACAAAGAGAGAGAGAGAAGAGAGAGAGAGAGAGAGAGCGGAAUACCAUUAGCUAGCGCUGGCAACUAUUAAUACACAACCUGAGAACGGAGAAAGUAACACAGCAAACAGGAAUUCGUAUCAGGCAUCAGCGGAACAUCUACGAGCACCUUCUGUAAGAAUCAUGCAGGACAUUGGAAGUGAUCGCAUCAAACGUCGUCGGCUGAACGGAGACAAUGAAGAAGACUUGGUUGCAGCCCGAGGGCGUAUGUUGCAAGCGGCGGCAGCGGCAGGAAGUGACGGAGUCGGCACCAACGCUGAUUUCUCGUCGCUGCUCUUAAGACAACGGAUUCUCGAGCAGCAGCAGAAUGAGGUGGGCUUGGCUAUGCAGUUGGCGCGGUACAACGACAGCGCUUCGUCUCUUCUGGCUGGACCAGGGCCAGGAGACCUCUUGGCGGCCUCUGGAUCUUCUGCGGAUCUCUUGGCUGCAUCUGGGAGUUCGGUUGCGACUGCUGCUGGAUCGGAUGAUCCCAUGGUGAACCAUUUGCGUCAGAAUCUCAUCAACCAGCAGCUCCAUCAACGUCUCAUGGGAGGCGACGAUCCAUUCAGCGGCUAUUUGCGCUCUCAGGAAGCGGCGUCGGUUGCGCCCUCAUCGCUGUAUGCGUCUUUGAUGGGCGCUCGAGGAGCUGGCCCGGCUGCGACCACCACGAAUUCGCUGCUCUGGGAACAUAUGCAGCAGCAACAGCUGGACGCGGCAGAUCAGCUCUCCACGAGAACCGCUUCUGGGCGACGCGGAUAUGCGGCUGUUCCCGACCCCACGUUGAGGGCUUCGUACAUGCAGUCUCUAUUGGACGCCGAGCGGGACAACGAUGCCGCGGCUGCUAGGGUGGCGGACAACGCCGCGAUGCGGGCAAGACUCUUUGGUCUCCCUGAUCCCAACAGCCCCGCUUCGAUGCUGGCACGGCUUCAGAAUGAACGCGCCGCAUUGCUUGGUCAAGGACCCCCGGCUGGAUUGGGUGGCGUCAUGCCACCACCAAGUGCCUUUGGAUCCGCUGGAAGUGCCUUUGCGCCCUCUGGAUUGGAUUCUUUGAUUGCUCGCGCAGCUCCUGCAGGAGCAAGCGCCGGGCUUCACCGAGACCUCUUCCUGGGGCGAGGCGGUGGUGUCGGAGGCCCUCCUUCAACCUCGUUUUUGUUGUCCGCACAAGGAAUGGGUGGCAGCAACAGCAACAACAACAAGAAGCGCCAACAGACAGCCGCACCGGCCCACCCCAACUCGACUGGUCGUCAGCCCAUUCAUCUCUACAUGUCUUGCGAUGACGACGACUUGUCGCCGUACCAGUGCCUCGUGCGGAAGCAGAUUGAACUGUUUGAAGCGGAAGAAGUCGAUGCUGAAACUAAUGCUCGUGGACGCAAUCGCCCUAUCGUGGUCGGGCAAGUGGGUAUUCGGUGCAAGCAUUGCAAGAUGCUCCCCCCCAGAAAGCGCGAACGUGCGGCUAUUUACUACCCAUCCAAAUUGGAUCGUCUCUACCAAGCUGGGCAAACCAUGGCAAGCGUGCAUCUUGGCCAGCACUGCAACCACAUCCCGGCGCACAUCAGAACCGAAUUGGCUCGAUUGCGAGAAGGAAAGUCAGCUGCUCUCGCUGGCAAGAAGUAUUGGUCGGAUGGAGCGAGAGCUUUGGGUGUCACCGAGGAAGAUGAGCGUCUCUUCUUCCGCAAACAGAGUUAAAGCAAAAGCAAACGAACCACGUGUGAAAAAAGCCAGAGAAAGCAGGCUGGAACAAAACGCAGCCGCACAGUUAGUUAAGAACCGUGUACAUAGACCAUUAGUAUAUUGCAUUAACGUUAGUCUGAAGUCUUAUGGCACCAGUGCAAGCACUGGGUAGAUCCCAGAAGUACGACGAAAGGGUCAAAACAACCUUCGACCCUCCCUUGCUGUUCUCGAGUACUGGAUGGGGGCUCGUCGAUUGGGGCUCCACAGUACCGUAGUGAAACAAAGCUUGCGAAACAUAAGAGGCAAGCCUCGGCGCGGGAAUACACUAAUAAACUGAAUGUCGAAGGCUUACUACAUGGUUGGUGGCUGGGUGCGAGAGAGGAGUUCCACUAGAGUACAAUGGUGACUACCGUACCGGUACAGGCCCACCUUGCAGGAUGAGUGCUGUCGGACUUGCUUCGUGUCGAGGGGAAAAAAUGCAUCAAGCAAACAGAAUUCAUCCAAUCCAUGCAAUUUGUAUUCUGACAGCAUCAAAGAUGGAGAGCAUAGCAUUCUGACUGGCUGAUCAAAUGUUGAUUCUUCUGUCACGGUUGUACCGGUAAAAAAAAUGCAUUGUAGCUUGAAUAAAACGUCAAGGAUGUCCAAAAGAAUUUGCCCCUGCUACUAUAGCUAGCUAGAAACAGGACUGUGGCCCUGGGCGCUGUCGAUUGCAACCUGCAAGCAAUUGUACCCCGGACUGCCGAUGGCAACGGGACCAACCAUCACCCACGCAGUGCUCGGGCCACUUUUUUGAAAUUCACGCUCCGCUAUUCCUCUACGGUACCGUACGGUAUUGGGUUCGCUUCAGACCGUACGACUUUACCGGUACUAGCUAGUACCUGGUAGCUACCAGUAGUACCGCUGGCGUCAGCCAUGGUAGAGGUGCGAGGGAAAAGCAAGGAGGCCUGCACGGGCUUGUAUGUUCACACCCUU